GACUCAUCAAACAAUUACAAAUAAAUUUAUAUAUAAACUCUAGCAUUGUACUUUUUUUUCUCCUUCUUUGUUUUCUGCCAAUCUCGUUCUUUCUUUCUUUCUCUCUCUUCUCGCAAUAUCUCGAUCGCCAAAAUCGAAUUCCGCCAGAAAAGAAGCAGCAGCAAGAUAGAAACGAAUCAAGCAAAGAUGGUCAAUUCAGUAGAUGAUCAAACGGCCGCUCCUUCAAUUGAAGUCAAGAACCUUACAUAUAAAUUCCCGGAUUCGUCUUUGGGGCUUACGGAUAUUACGCUGAGUUUGCCACCUAGCUCGAGGACUUUACUAAUUGGCGCAAAUGGGGCCGGUAAAACCACACUCCUGCGUCUCCUCUCCGGAAAACGACUUGCGCCCACUUCCACAAUUUCCAUCUCCGGUCUCGAUCCCUUCAAAGAUUCUCUCGUCGGCGUAACCUAUCUCGGUCUCGAAUGGGUACUCAACCCUAUUGUGCGAACCGACAUCGGUGUCCGAGAACUCCUUACUUCCGUGGGCGGAAACCAUUAUCCCGAGCGAAGAGAUGAGCUUGUGCAGGUUUUAGAUAUUGAUUUGGAAUGGCGCAUGCAUCAAGUUUCUGAUGGGGAGAGAAGAAGAGUACAACUUGCCAUGGGACUUAUUAGACCGUGGAGAAUCCUGCUGUUAGACGAGAUUACGGUGGAUUUGGAUCUCUUGAGUCGAAAGAGAUUCUUGGAUUUCCUGAGAGAGGAGACGGAGAAGAGAAAAUGCACCAUUGUUUAUGCGACACACAUUUUGGAUAAUUUGGCGGGAUGGCCGACGGAUUUGGUGCAUAUGAGUCUUGGACGAGUAAAGGAGUGGGGUAACAUAGAGAAGUUUGAGAAGGAGAUGAGUGGAGAUAGUAGUGGAAAUUCGAGAUUGGGAGAAUUGGUUCUUAAGUGGUUGGGAGAGGAUUUGAAGGAGAGAGGACCAAGGAAAAAUGCGGGGAGCGCGGGAACUAGUUAUUUAGUGGCAGGUGUGGGUGGAUAUGGAAGUGAGAAGAAGGUUUAGAUGGGCAGAUUGAUGGAGAGCAGGAGGAUAAUGAGACGGCUGAAUUUAUUUCACAGAGGAUGACGUGGUGGAGCGCUUUAACGCGUAUACACACAUGGGACAAAACGGCACAGCACUCAACUUCAACUAGAGAGCAGGUCAGGGGGUGUUUCAUAUUUCAUACUUUUAUUUUUCAUUCUUUCUAUUUUAUUGGGAAUGCCUUAACGCCUUUAACUUUGUAUGUAUCUAUGUUUGGGUACAUAAGUUUGGCGUUCAACAAAAGCAUCACAGGAGGCGUACUUUAACAUACGAUACCCCUUAGAAUUAUUCAACAUAGAGAAUAAAUCCUCAAAGAACUAUCUUCA